GGAAGCCGCCGCCGCUGCAGCCUUCGCGCCGGAGCGUGUGAGACCAUGGGGAGAUGGGGCUGCCUGGGCUUGCUGGCUUGGCUCUGUCUCCUCUACUGCACGGGCCUGUGGGUCUUCACGCGCGGCUUCCUGCUCAACCGCUCCGAGAUCGUCCGCAACAGCUCGUGCGCCGACUUUCCCGCCCCGCCUGGCCUGCCCACACCGCCGGGCUCCGCCACCCCGAACCGGAGCUGCUGGUCGGUGCCGGCGCGCUACCGCCGCGCCGUGCUGGUCGUCAUCGACGCGCUGCGCCUCGACUUCGCCACGUACGACGCGGCGAGGAGCGAGCCCAAGCCGUACGAGAACCGCCUGCCCGCGCUGCACGCCGCGCUGCAAGCGACGCCUCGACACGCGCGCCUCUUCCGCUUCCGUGCCGACCCCCCCACCACCACGAUGCAGCGCCUCAAGGCCCUGGCCACGGGCGGGCUGCCCACCUUCAUCGACGUGUCGAGCAACUUUGCGUCGGCGCGCGUGGAAGAAGACAACCUCGUCGGGCAGCUCGUCUCCGCCGGUAGGAAGCUGGUGUUCCUGGGGGACGACACGUGGAUGGGGCUGUUCCCCACGCAUUUCCACCGAGCCUUUCCCUUCCCGUCGCUCAACGUGCGCGACCUGCACUCUGUGGACGAUGGCAUCUUGCAGCACCUCCACAGCGAGGUGGCCAAGAGCGACUGGGACGUGAUCAUCGCCCACUUCCUGGGCGUUGACCACGUUGGCCACCGCCUGGGGCCGCUACACCCGGCCAUGUCUGACAAGCUGUCGCAGAUGAAUGAGGUGCUCAGUAACCUGCUGCGAGAGCUGCCGGAGGACGCGGUGCUGCUGGUGAUGGGCGACCACGGCAUGACGGAGACGGGCGACCACGGCGGGGAGAGCGAGCGCGAGACCAGCGCCGCCCUCUUCGUCUACAGCCCAAUCCCCGUGUUCAAGGGGGCACAGCCACGGGAGCCACGGACCGUGUUCCAGACGGACCUGGUACCUAGCAUGGCGCUGCUGCUAGGCGUGCCCAUUCCCUACAGCAACCUGGGCCAAGUCAUCCCAGAAAUGUUUGGAGGAGAGGAUGAUGAGGAGGAGGAGGGUGACGGCGGCCUUCCCAGGGAGGGUGAGCCCAUUCCUGCGGACGGCGAGAGUGUGGAGCGAGAGGAAUCGGACUUGGCUCAGCUGCCGAUGCAUCUGCAGGCGCUGCACCUGAAUGCACAGCAGGUGCAGCGUUUCCUCGACUCGUACGCAGCGCUGUCCGACGACCUUCCGCCGGACGGCCUGCACGCCCUGCGUCGCCGCUUCUCCGAAGCCGCGGCCGCAUACAAUUCGCUGGCGUCGUCCCCGAGCCCCGGCCUCCGUGCCACCGCCGCCACCGCGCGUGACGUCGAGGCGAAGCUGCGCCGCCACUUGAGCGGCGUGCGCAACCUGUGCGUGGCGUCGUGGGCCCGCUUCAGCGUCCCCGCCAUGUUCGCCGGCGUCGCGCUGCUGCUCUGCGCCUGCGCGGCGAGCGCCGCCCUGAGCCAGGCCGCGCCGCGGGAAGGGCUCCCUGGGGUCGUCGCCACGGCGGCGCUGGUGGGAGCGCCGGCGGGGGCAGCGGUCGCCGCCUUCGCCGCGGCGGCGUCCGGGACGAAGGCCGAGUUGUGCCUGGCCGCGCUGUGCGGCGCCAGCGUGGCGUCCUUGCUGGCGUUCGUCAAGGAAUGUCUGGGGACCCCGCCGACUCCGGCUCCCGCCGGUCCGCAAGAGGCCGGCAGCAAGGACUCCGGCGUGGGCGCGAGUGUCACCGCCGUGAUCGCGAGCAGCGGCUGCCUCGCGCUGCGCUUCUUGGCGCCGUUCUCAAACAGCUACUUGAUCCAGGAGAGCCAGGUGCUGCCCUUUCUCAUCCAGUCAGUGGCUGUGUGGUCCUUGCUGAGCUUCAAGUGGUCGGGGACCCUGACCCUGUCUCUUCCGGCCGGCGGCGGAGAAGCGUCGAAGUCCGCUCAGCAGCAGCAGCAGCAGGCCGUAGCCGGGAGCCCCGCGCUGCGCCGCCAACAGAGCUGGUACAUCGUGGCGCUGACGCUGGGUCUGCUGUGCUGCUCGCGACUCGCCCUGACGCUGCGCGUGUGCCGUGACGAGCUCACGAGCUGCGAGCCUUCGACGCUGCUCGUGCCGCCGCCGCGGCAGCAGGGCCGCUCGCGUGCCGACGGCCUCCCGCUGGCGCUGGCCGCCGCGUCCCUCUUCGGCGUGUGGGCGUUGACGCGGGCCGCGCUCCGCCACCUGGGCAACCUGAACGAUCUGCUGUCGCCACCCACGCUGCUGGUGCGCCUGGGCCAGCCCGUGGCGCUGCUGUGCGUGUGCUGCCACUGGGCGUUGGCGCUGCUCCCCGAGCGCGGGCGCCAGGCGUCGCACGUCCCCGAGUGGGCGCAGGAGGCGUUCCCGCGCGCCGUGUAUGGCGUCGUGGCGCUGGGGCUGCUGCUGCUGCUGUGGCGGCCGCUGGCCGUGUACGUGAAGCGCCGUCGGGGCAACGCCGCCGCCGCCGGUGGCUCCGGCGACGCGGUCCCGUUCGUCGACUCGCUAGGGGGGUUCGCGCACCCCGAGGAGAGGCUCAGACACGUCAUCCCACAGAUAUACAGGCACGUGUCGCGCUCGCUCGACGUCCAGCUGAGCUCGACGACGACGCCGGUGGCGCCAGCAGCAGCCGGUGCGGACGAGGGCGGCGGUCACAGCGUGGCGGCGUUCGGCCUGGGCUCGGCGUACACCGCCACGCUGCUCGUGCUGCUCACGUGCCUGGGCCUGCUGCUCGCCAUGCUGCACCAGCCCGGCGCCGCGCCCUCCUUCCUGCUGCUCUUCGUGCAGGCGGCGCUCAUGCUGGAGCGCCGCGCGGCCGCCGUGAGCCUGCACGCGUCGCCAGCGGGGGACGGCGCAGGAGGGCUGCUGUGCGUGCCGCUGCCCGACGUGGCCAUGUGGUCGCUGGCCGCCUGCCAGUUCUUCUACGCCACGGGCCACCUGCCCACCUUCCCCGCGCUGCAGUGGAACGCGGCCUUCGUCGGCUUCCACGGAGGCCACGGCGGGCACGUGCUGCCCGCCCUCCUCGUGGGACUCAACACCUACGCCUCUCACGCGCUCUUCGCAGCCGGACUGCCGCUGCUGCUCACGUGGCCGUUUGCGCGCGAGGCCGGCGCGGCGCGGAGAAGCCCGGCGGACGAGGGCGCCACGGGGAUGGAGAUGCGACUGCACAGCCACCCCACGCUGCUGCACGGGGCCCUGCUGCGCCUGGGCGCCACCUACCUGCUGCUCGUCGGGCUGCAGCUCACGGCAAGCGUCUGCGCCGCUGCAGUGCUUCGCCGCCACCUCAUGGUCUGGGGGAUCUUCGCUCCCAAGUUCCUGUUCGAGGCCGUGGGCUUCGUAGUGAACGGCGCGUGUCUGCUGCUCGGCGUCGCGUUUGUGCUUCGCGUGGACGCCGCCGUCGCCGCAUUCUUCCGCCGGCUCUGCCAGACGCUGCCGUACUAGUGGGGCAGGAGGAGGGGUGGGACGACGGUCGGCAGGCUUGAAACAACGACAACCGUGAGCAGUGGAGUCUGUCAAAGCGGGGAGAGAGACCGGGUGGAGAAGAGCGAUUUGGGUUUAUAUGGAGGACCCAAAAUGCGCGGAAGGAGGCCAUGGAGGUGAUGGGAGUGAGCAUUGUCCUCACGCUUUUGCAGAGCAAAUGCCAAAUCUAUGGAGAACCUCGGUAGGUCCAUAGGUGUACGGUUACCUGCAAUGAAGCCCGCCGUGCUAAUUGCUGAAACACUGACGGUGAGCCACCGUGAACUCAAUAAUUCAAUGACGCAAAUCCACCGCACAUCAGCCGAAGCCAUUCCCCCGGCUAACUCAUCGUGGCUUCGACUUGGAGUGUUGCGAUUCUUCGAGCCAUACGAAAGAGUAAGAAGGGGAGACCCCAUACUCCGUGGAACACGACCCGUCUACACGCCGGAGCAGGGAACGCGCGUCGUCGCUGGUUAAGUUUCGCCUCUCUUGGCCAUCACAAGUUCGUGUGCCGAUGCCGCGGAUGUGGGGAGGUGCCAGUGGAGCAUCCAGCUGCGAGUGCCAACCACAGACCUCGUCUGCAACCCACAGCGAUGUGUCACAAACACCGAUGUUUUCACGAGCACGAGCAUUUAAAGUCUCGGAGCACCGAGGCCCCCCCCGAUUGUGAGCAGUUCAUCCCUUGUGCCUGGUCAGGCGUGGGAAGGAACAGACAGUGGUAAGACGGGUCGUGUACACGACAGCAGCGGUAGCGGGAGCAGAGGGCAUCGCAGCAUUCGAUUGCCGCCUCUCCCAGGCGGUUCGUUUGCCGCGCUCCAGCCGUCCGUUUCUCCCGUUGGCAACGCGCGACGUGCUAAUAUCACAAGACAUUCCGACAACCGUUUCCGGAGGCUACUCUUCGUAUCAUAACUUAAUGAACAAUGAAUAUGCAGUAUCGUUUAUUUUCUUUUUUAUAAGCAUAUGAAUUUAUAUAACAACAAAUCAGGUUUUCAUAAAUAUCUAAUUUGCAAAAAAAUAUCAAAUAUUUACAUUUAAGGCAGACUCGUUGCGAAUUGAGGAGUUAGCCAACUGUUCAGUAGUUCAGGAGCCAACUGCACUGAAAGUAAAAAAAAAACAGCAUGAGCUUCAUUGAUUUUCCUUCAAAGACUCCUCCUGUCACGACGAGGGCACCGCUUAGUGGAUUAAGGGAGAGAAGAAUUGGCUCCAUGGGCUUGUAGAGACCGACCAGUGGAGAGUGCACACACACAGCCCACGCUGGAGAUGUUCCUAUGCAAAUCCAACGAACUGGACGGUCUGCUUAGAACAGUGACACACGAGACCACGGGCAGCCGACGAAUAAAUAAGUCUUAACCCUUUAACGCAGAUUUGACCUGGUCAACUUCUGGCUGGAAUCCCCUCCCCAAACAACGACGCCUGCCGCACGCCGCUCCUUUGAGAGAUGCCGUUGCGCGAAUCCAAUCUCGCAUUGCAUGGCGACGGUACCGAACACCCGAAUGGAUUGGCAGCCUUGCAGCCGUCCCACCGUGUUCUUGGGUGGAAGAUCUCGACAGGGUCCAGUGAUCGCUCUGUACAGUUUACGCCUGGCGUGGGGAAACAUACGCCCUGCGACUUUGUUUCACGUGACCAGUGGUCGCAACGUCGCACGUAUCCGUCAUUGCAAGCGUCUUGGCCGCACCAAUUGGUUGCGAGAGUUGAGGAUAUGUUCGACCCGUGUCUAUCGUUUUUGUGUGCUCAGUCACUACUGUCACUGCGAGUGUCCUCUUGCAGUGACAGGUGUGUGUGGCCCGCCAAAGAGAUUUGAAUGUUUGGCCCUCUGUAAGGAAGCUGUUGUCCACCCCUGGCUCUCUGAGUGUUAUGCAUUGGGAAGAUGGAUUGUGUUGGUCUCUGACCUGUGAAGGACACACACCUUUUGCAUGUAUGUGCCAUCGAUUUUUUUUUAAAGGUUCGUUCCGGUGUUUUUUUUGUAAGCAAAUAUUUAUUUGAAAUUUUUCAACUUGAAAUGCAGCUCGGUCUGGGUUUUUUUAAAUUGAGGAUUUGCCUUUAAGAUUGUCGCUACACUGCACAAGACUUGUACGCGUUGUACGUUUAUACUUGAAUUUAAUAUAUCAACAUUGAUGGUGUAAAAACUAAAACAACCCAUCUGUAUGUUCAGUGAUUACAUUUCAAUAAAAAGAUAAAUUCCCUGGUACAUGGUUGAAGUCCUCCCUCUGUAUGCAGAAUCGUUUUUUUGCAUGUCAUUUUCUGAAAUUCGCAUUCACGUUUUAUUUCGUGUACGUCAGGUUUUCUUUCGAUACAUAUACGUCGUUGGAAUGGAACCGUAAGAAUUUUUAAAAUAACUAUCAGUACAGAGGCUCCCACAAGGCCAAGCGGGAGGACGUGUGGCACGGUUUGGUGGCAGCUAUCAUAGUGCGGUGCUGUCACUACAGUUGUCUGCGGUGAGUAACAUAUCUUAAACAAUGGCACUGCGCAUCUCGAAAUAAAAUUAACUUAACCGCUUGCGAGUUUAGGAGAUCCAGCGGUGAACGGGACCCCACGCUGCAACUUGCAGACGUCUCAGAAAGGGUUAAUUGGAGGUGAAUUUGAGCUUUGUUUCAGCUCCCGCCCCUUCCUGCUUGUGCCCGCCCUUUCAUCUCGAGGCCCCGCUCCUACCUCUUGAGGCAUUCGUGUGGACGAAGUCUAUCGAGGUGCGUGUUUUUUUUACGUGGGAGAAAUCCAGAUAAUCCAUACAAAUGA